CCCCACAUAACUUCAGAGUUGAGGCAAAGCCAAACCCUCUCAAUCAAUAUCUCUCAAUCAAAUCGAAGAGUCACCCCCCAAAACCCUAAUAUUCUUUUUCCUAAUUUAGAGGGAGAGGAAGUGAGAGGGGUUGAUCGAGAUAGAGAGUUUUUCUUUGAUUUAGCAAAGGAUGUCUGCGGUAGUGUGCGGGAGCAAGAGAUCGUUCUUCGAGGAUAUCCCGUCGUCGCCAUCGGCUUCUGUUUCUAAGAAGCUCCGGCGUUGCUCGCCUUCAUCUCCUUCGUCUGUUCGUUUCGCUCCGCCGCGGUCUUCCCUCGAUCACCUCCAAGCCCUCUUUCCUCACAUGGACCCCGAGCUUCUGGAGAGAGCACUAGUAGAAUGUGGCAAUGAUAUAGAUACCGCCAUCAAGAGGCUGCAGGAACUUUGCUUAGGAGCUGGAGAGGCUACAGGGGAAAAGAUGUGUCGUGUUGAGGAACUGGGCACAACCGCUGAGCAGGGUACAUUGACCAAUGAUGGAGAAGCUGAUGCUGCUGUGACUCUUCAGAAUCCAUCAGCCCCUGAAAUUUUGCCUGCUGAUGGUGCAGAAUGGGUAGACUUGUUGGUGAGGGAGAUGAUGAGCUCUACAAGUGUGGAUGAAGCCAAAGCCCGUGCCUCUAAAUUGCUGGAGUUUCUGGAGAAGUCCAUAAGUAAACGUGCUACCGAAGAGGCAGCACAAAGUUUUCACAAGGAAAAUAUCAUGUUAAAGGAACAGAUUGACGUGUUGAUUCAAGAAAAUACAGUCCUCAAACGAGCCGUGGCUAUCCAGCAUGAACGUCAAAAGGAAUAUCAGGAUAAAAGCCAUGAGUUGCAACAUUUGAAGCAGUUGGUGUCUCAGUAUCAGGAGCAGUUGCGAACUCUAGAGGUAAAUAACUAUGCCUUGACGAUGCAUUUGAGACAGGCACAGCAAAGCAGCUCCAUUCCCGGGCGUUUCCACCCCGAUGUCUUCUAAGAUAAGAUGGAACGUAGGGAUAUGAAGUGUUUAGUAUAUGACCUCAGAAUUAGCACAAAUCUGCAUAUGUUGUCAGCGCUUCUUAAUCCGUUUGCUUGAGUUGAUAUGUUUCUUAUGUAGCCUGGUCUGUGUCUUAUGUGGGGCCGCGGUGAGGAGGGGAGGGGCACACGCUUAUUAUGGAGUUUACUAAACAGUAGUAAGUGUUGAUUUAACCACCAGUUUGUCAAAGAAAUAUCGAGUUUAUAUUUCAAAGUGAAUCAA